AUCUCAAAGGCUGCUUUAGUUUGUGGAAGAGGCGGGAGGACCAACUCAGAUCCGGCUAAACAUCGUCUAAAUGCGCUUUGGGAGAUUAAAAUCAUAUUAACUGCACGGACUUUUCAUUCCUAACAUCUGCAGUGGAUGUAAAAGGUGGGGAAAACGCCGGUAAAGUGUGUGUUUUUCGCCAAAACCGGAGCGAAUCCGGCGAACAAAGAUGAGCCUGCAGGUUUCUCAACAACAGGUGGAGGCUCUCCCUGCAGUGGUGCGGACUGUGGCUGAGAGCGACUCCGACAGUGGGAUGGGGUCUCCCGCUGAAGAGAUGGUCCCAGAGGCAACAGAGAAAACACAGGAGCAGCCAGAUUCUGAGGAGGACGAGGAUAUUGGAACUCACAGAAAACCGCGUCGUCAGGCCAUCAGAGACAGUGACAGUGAGGAAGAGGAGGCAGCAGACUCCAGUGUUCAAAUGGCUGAAGCUCUGAUGCUCUCUGCCUCGAGUGAAGACGAUAACAACAUGGAGACUGGAGAGAAGGAUGAAAAGAAGGAGAAAAGUGUGAAGAAAAAGCACAGAAUCAGUCGCGCUCCUGUGGACAGUGAAGAGGAGGAGGGAGAGGAAAAAGGGAAGACACAGGAGGAGACAGAAGGUGGCAGCACUGAGGCCAAACCCAAGAAGGACAAAAAGAAACGGGACAAAAGUCAGAGGCACAAAGAGAAAAAGGAGAGACACAGUAAAGCUGUGGAGAAAGUGAAAAAGAGAGAGAGAAGAGAGAGAGUGACGGAGGAGGUCGAGGAAGCGCCCUCUCAGCCCCGUCUGAACGACAGUGGGUUUCCUCUGGGAGACACUGAACUGUUUGAUACUGGACUCAAUGAAGAUGAUGAGGAGGAAGAGUCUCUGGAUGCCAUUAGAGCCGCCGCUAAGAACAAGCUCAAGAAACACAAGGAAUCCUCUUUUGUUGAUGAUGAUGAGGAGGAAGAGGGACAAGGGUCAAAGGAGAAACCCCAAAGAGUGGAGCGAAAGGCUGCACGGGCGAGUAAAGAGGCCAUGAAGCAGCUCCACAGUGAGUCCCAGAGGCUCGUCAGAGAGUCCACCCUGGGUUUGCCGUACCACAUCCCUGAACCGAAAACCAUUGACCAGUUUUUCAAGAAGCGAGCCCGACCUGAGGGACCAGCCAUGGCUCUGCUCAAAUCUACAAAAUACUCCGCCAUGAUGCUUGUUCCACCUCCUCCUCCCACGGCCGACCCUGUGCAGACCUCCACAGACCCAGACCCCUCAAAUCCUUCUUUAGACCUGCCCCAAGUCCAGUCUGUCCUCCCCCAGCCCAGCGCUACAUCCUCCCCACAGAAAGACACUCUCUCUCAGUCGCAAGAACCACCAAUGCCCCCCAGUACCUCCACAGCCAGCCUGGAGGAAGACCAAGCGUCUGGACCUUUGCUUUUUCUAUCAGAGAGCUUACAAGAAGAUGUUAAAACUGGGGAUGAAGACGCAAACGAAAGCCAAAAUAAUGCAAUGUCGAUUUCGUUGGUUGAAGAUAAGGAGAUUCUGAUGGAGGGAUGUGUAGAGGAGGUGAAGAAGGAGGAGACGGUGGAAGUGAAGCCUAAAAAGGAUAAACUGUCCAGGCUGAGAGAGCUGGGGCUGGACCCUCCUCCUGUGGCUAAACUGUGUCCAGAUGAAGGAGCGUUUGUGCAUCUCGAUCCACCACAACCAAACUCUGGUGUGGAGUUGUUGAAGGCGCGUUACCUGCGUCACAUUAAAGCCCCGGUUCAGCCUAAGAAAGAGCGCCCCCUGCAGGUGAACAUCGUGAGGAAGGAGACCGGGUCGUCGGGGAAGGAAGAGCUGCUAUCAGAGACAGUGACAGUGACGGUGAAGGAGGGAGGAGAGGAGAAGCAAGCACCCUCCAAACCAGGAGCAAAGCUGUUGUCUCUAAAGGAGCGUCUGCAGUUGGCAAUGGCCCAAAGGAGGAAAGAGGAGAGAGCGAGAAAAGCAGAACUGAACCGACUGGACAAUGAAGAGGAUGCAGAGGAGGAAGAGGAGGAGAUGACAGACUCUGAGGAAGAGGGAGUGGAUGAGCUGUUGGGAGGAGACGAUGGAGAACCCGAGGAGGAGGGGGAGGAUGGGAGUGUCGUGCCCAGCAUCAGGAGCCCAUCUCCGGUCACUCUGUGCCGAGCUCCUCCCACUCCGGAGCUCCUAAACACAGAUGGGACUCUGCUGCUAUUUCCUGGAAACUCCUGCUCACGAACCGGUGAUGGCUUAAGACGACCAGGUGCCUCUGGACAAGACAGCAGCAGUAAAAUCGAGGAGGAUGAUUCUUCGUCCCUGAUGAAGGACAGUAGUCACAACAGCAGUUUUGAGCUCCCUGGUUCGAUGCUCACAUCGUAUCAGCCCGUGAACCGCAGCGCCCCCAGAGGCCUGCCCACAUCAGUGUUCAGGUCGCCCUCGCCCUCGCUGUUCAGACCCAGCUUCCUCGGCUCUGCAUCAAAAAGCUCCUGUAAACUCUCAGAGCCCUCUUUGUGUUUGCCCGUUGAGGACUCCCAGGACCUGUAUGCUCCUCCCUCCCCUGACGCCGACUCUGGCCCGCUCGGAGGUGAGGCUUCUGGGCCAAAUCUGUGCGGAGAGUCCCUGGGGCGCUUCUCCCUGGAGGAUGAACCACACUCUCAGCUGUUGGACGCAGACGGCUUCCUAAACGUCGGACCCCGAGUCGGAGCACCGCGGUCCCACAAAAGACAGCUGAUCCUGGGAAGUCUGGAUGAGAACGCCAUGGACGCAAACAUGGGGGAGCUGAUGGGGCUGUGUUCGGGAACGUUUGCGGAAGAGAAGACGCAGAGAUUGGGAGAAGGAGAGGAUGAACUCAUGGGGCUGUGUUCAGGGGCCUUCCCACAAACUCAGGCUGAAGACGGAGAUGAGAAAUCAGGCAAAAAAGAGGAAAAUGAAGAGAAUGAAGAGGGGGAUAUGGAGCAGUUGUUGGGUCUCUGCUCUGGAAAGUUCCCCAGUCAAAGUCCUCAGAAGGCAUCACCCGACAAAAACAGCGCCAACAAACCAGAUGAGGAAGAGAAGAAGCAUGAGGAGGAAGAGGACAAUUAUGAGUUUAAGUUUCUGUCUGAUGAAGAGAGCGAGACAGGCCAGAAUGAUGAAGAGGAGGAGCAGGACGAAGAGGAUGAAGAUGGUGAGAGCAGUGGAGGAGAGAAGGAAGAGGAGGAUGAGAACCAUGAGGUGGAGGAGGAGGAGAUGGAGGCUGUGUUUGCUCCAAAGACAUCCAAGAAAAAGAAGAAAAUGCGUCUGGCAGAUUACCUGGAGUCGGAGGCGGAGCUCUCGGGCUCAGACGUGGGCAGUGAGGAUGAGGACGAUGGAGGAGGAAGUGAAUAUGAAGAGGAAGAGCUGCUGGAGGAUCUGCCCUCUGACGAAGAGCUGCAGGACCAAGUUAAUAAGAUUCACAUGAAGCAGGUGAUGGACGAUGAUAAGCGCAGACUGAGGCUGUAUCAGGAGAGGUAUUUGGCCGAUGGAGAUCUGCACUCAGAUGGACCGGGACGAGCUCGGCGCUUCAGGUGGAAAAACAUUGAUGAUGGUUUCCUGAUGGACACAGAGGGGGCAGAGGGCGGAGAGGAAGAGGAGGAGGAUGAAGAUAUGGAUCAGACUGAAGUCCAAAGACGAAGGGAGAGACUGGAGAGAGAGCAGUGGCUCAGAGAACAGUCUGAGCAGAAAUCCAAAGGGAAAACAGUCGAUAUUGACGCAGACGAUGAGAAGUUUGGAGACGAGGACAGUCACUUCAUGAAACUGGCCAAAAAACUCACAGAGAAGAAACUGGAGAAGAAAGAGCCCCCAGUGGUCGUUCCAACUGAGAAAAAGUCCACUGUUGCCUUGAAUCCUUUCCAGAGACCAACACAGAACCUACCGGUGAAGAGGGGCUCUCUGCUGAGUCAGCCUCAGGCCAUGCUCCAGAAACUGGCCUCUAUCUCUGACGGAAACCCUUUGGCUCCAAGAAACUCCAGAGGAUUCCUGUUCCAGACUCUAUCUCCAGAGAAAGACAAAUCUGUGGAUGACAAGAAGAAACAGGUGAAGAAACGUGGUCCGUCCGACAGCUUAAACUCUGCGUCUAAAAGAAUUUGUCAAGAAAACAAACCUCCCUCCUCCUCGUCUCACGGAUCUCAACGAAGUGUGUUCAGUUUCCUGGGACACUGACACAAACCCACUGACCCUCCUCCACUAACCUUUAACCUUUAACCUUUAACUCAACUACAAUCUAAUCCAGCAAUCACAAUCUCCUCCAAUCAUCUGCGUUUUGGGCAAAGAUCUUCACUCACAGCUAUUAUAAAGUAUGCUUAAUGUAACACUUCUGCUCGUCUCCAUGGAGAUGAUGGAAUUUUCCACAGUAUGGCAUUAAACGUCUAUUCUCUAUUUCUACGUAAACAAGCUGUUUAGAGGUGAGUCUGCUCACAGUGAAGAUAUAGAUACAUUUAAUGCUAGUCUGUGGAAUAUUAAAGGCAAAUAAUUACAUUUCAAACUCCAUGGAAACGAGCAAAUGGCCAGAAAUGUUACAUAGUGCACCUUUUAAAUGUUGACUUUAAACAAAUGCAUUUAACAGUAUUGCCAUAAAUGAUUUGAAGAUUCCUGUCUUAAGAACAAGCAGGAUGAUAAAUGGGUUUGGAUUUGAAAAUGAUGUGUUAGAAAUGACUUCAUAAGUGGUACAUUUUCAUUGAUUUAUUUUCCACGUUAUGUCCAAAAUGACAUAUUUUAAAUUAUCAGAAGUUUCACCAUCAAUCCACAAUGACAUAUGAAACAAAAAUAACCAAAAAAUCUGUACAAAAAUCUUGAACCAGACACUAAACUAAGUCUAACUCUGGACUGAAACAAGGUCUAGAUCUGAGGUAAAACCAGGUCUAAAUCUGGGCUGAAACCAGCUCUAGGUUGGGACUAAAACCAGAUUCUAAAUUGGGGCUGGAAACCAGGUCUAAAUCUGGGCUAAAAACAGCACUAGGUUGGGACUAAAACCAGGUCUAGAUCUGGGCUGAAACCAGGUCUAGAUCUGGGCUGAAACGAGGUCUAGAUCUGGGCUGAAACGAGGUCUAGAUCUGGGCUAAAACCAGGUCUCAAUUUGGGCUCAAACAAGGUCUAACUCUGGGCCAAAUCCAGGGCUAAAUUUGGGCUGAAACCAGGUCUAAAUCUGGGCCAAAACCAGGUCUCAAUUUGGGCUGAAACCAGGCCUGGAUCGGGGCUGAAACCAGGAACAAAUCUGUACUUUUCCAGAACUAAAACCAGGCUUUCACUAAGACUGAACUUCACUGACUUCACUUUUAUUUUUUUUGCCUUGGUUAGUCUCUUUACUGAAACAUAAUGCAUUUAUUUAAAGUCACCAUUUCUCUGGAGUGUUAAAUCUCGUUUACACUGGCUCAGAACGGGGACUUAAACCAGUAUAAUUUACUUGAACUGAGAUAUUUCGUGGUGCUUUUGAAUGAGUUUGCGCUGAUGCCUCGACUGCUCUGUGUGUGUCUGUGUUAAAGUUUUUAUCAUGUAAAUAAACCUUAUGUUUUUAUGGUUAGAGUUUUUAAUGGUUUUACCUGUAAAUAAAAGUGUAUUUAAAGAUUAA